AUGGAGCUCGUGGGUGCUUUCCCUCUCGGAGAUUUCAUUCCCAAGGCAGCUACAACAACUUUCGCACUAUUAGAGUGGACAAUGACAGAGCUUAUGAGACAUCCAGAGUGUAUGAAGAAACUCAAAGAUGAGAUUUGUUCUGUUUCAACCCAUAAGUUAUAUGUAACGGAGCAAGAAGCUGAGAAGAUGAAUUAUUUAUAUCUCGUGGUUAAGGAGGCGCUUCGACUACAUCCCGGGGUCCCAAUAGCUCCCCGACAAUUGAGUGAAGAUGUUAAAGUACAUGGAUAUGACAUAGCUGCAGGAACACAAGUGUUAAUCGAUAUAUGGGCAAUCCAAAGAGACUCUUUAGCUUGGGGACCAGAUGCAGAAGAGUUUAGGCCAGAGAGGCAUUUAGAUAUGGUUGUAGAUUUUCAAGGACAAAAUCUCAAGUUUUUUCCAUUUGGAUCAGGGAGAAGGCAAUGUCCUGGAAGUGGAUAUGUAGUAGCCUUGGUGGAAGUCACAUUGUCUUCGAAGUGA